CUCGCGUCACCAUGGAAGCACUCAGUUUGCGACAUGCAUUCGCCAUUUUGCUGCCUUGUUGGUGUGUAUGUGUAAUUGUGUGUGUGUGUGUGUGUGUGUGUGUGUGUGUGGGCUCCCUUAAGGUUGAAUACCUUCAUAGCUUCCAAACAACUCUUCAGCUUCAGCUAUAGAAGGAAAUGUCCGCAUUCACUGACAGUACUGUGGCUGCUGCAGCAUGACAUGAAGAGGCUGGACGUCGGAGCCAUAGAUAGAUAGUUUUGCGUUGGGUUAACGUUGAGGCGGAGGGCCAGCAGAAAUGUAAGAUUGACCAACAGGACCUCACUUCUCCACCAUCAAGUGCUCAAGAUGAAAGCACAGAGUAAAAGGGAGGAACAUUAUUGUCCUCGCUGGAAUGAGUUUUACUUUUUGGAUUCUCAAAUUUGACACAUCCAUAAAUACGCCAAUAAUGAUACCUGGAUUAAUGUCCCAGGAGAUACAUGACCAGCUUCUGGACUCCAAGAAUUACCAGAAUCGCACAAAUGGGGUGGAAAAGCUUAAACAUAACCUCUCAGAAGUGGACAUUAAAUCGGUCCCACCUGGGAAUGUUGAGGAGUUUAUCAAUUUUCUUCCUCGGCUUCUAGAUGACAGUAAUUUUAAGGUCCAAUAUGGCACCUUACAGGUUUUAAACCUGCUAAUACAGAACCUAGAGACGGGCGUUGACAAAUUUUUGAAGCAUAUUGUUUUCGUUGCCCUAAAGGCGCUUGGUGACACUCGUGCCGUCACCAGGAAUGAAUACCUUAAUGUGUUUCAGCAGCUGAUGAAAACCAUUGCACCACAGCAAAUAUUAGAUCUUGUAAUUGGCAACUUGAAGCACAAGAACUCCAGGGUUCGGGAAGAUGUCCUGAACAUCAUCAUGGCAGCUAUGCUCACUCAUCCUAGGAAAGAUUUCAACAUUCCCAAGCUGUGCUUUGAAGUUGCACCAUAUUUGGCAGACAGCAAGAAGAAGGUCCGCCACGCUGCCCUGGAGUUGUUUGCUGUUUUUGACCAUUGCCUUGAAACAGGAAAGAAGCAGCCGCUGAUGAAAGCUCUGGACAUGGUGGAGCUUAAUGAGGACGCAGAAGGUCUAAUGGCAGCGGUGCAGGCGAGACGAGCGAGACGCAUCCUUCCAAAGCUAACCUCAGAAGGGAUUGUAGAGUAUGGUCUGGUGGUGCCCAAACCCGGACAGUGGUCCACGGGACAGUAUGUUUCUGGGGCCGAUCUGGACUGGGUCAUAAACGGAGGACGGACGAGCAGUGCCAGAAGCUACAGGACAGAGCAGGACAGUGAUCGAUUGUGUGGCUACGGCAGCUUAGGCUCCCUCACCGAUGACCCACCGUUUCAGAGGAGGAUUGUCAGCGCGGGCAAAGGGAAGAACAAGCUACCCUGGGAGUCGUCCAGCUUCUCGUCGACUGAUAAUGAGCAGCAGCAGCAAUGCACUACGCCUAACGGAAAGUGCUCUGAACAGGUCGCAAAGGAGGGCUCCAGCUCUCUUUCCAAGAAGGCAGAGACCUACAUACCAAGUUUCAGUUGUGCUGAGCCACAGAAAGUCCUGUCUCCCAGAAGGAGAGAAACCCCUGCAGGUCUCAGAAGAAGUGGUAGCCUGAACCUGGACACUGAUAUCUUUAAAAACACCAACUUCUCUGACCCAGAUGUUGUGGCACCCAAAGGACGUAUGCUGUUGAGGAAUCCCAGUGUUGAGCGAACCUUCUCUCUCCCCUCGAAUGCUUCCACGCCCAGCUCAUUUCUUCUGCCUUCCUACCCCCUGGCUACAUGCACCGGGGGCAUGCUUACUCCAACACUGGCCCGCCGUCACGCAGUCUCUUCCCUCUCCAUGUCCAACACCUGGCCCAACAAACAAGAGAACAGCCCCCAGCAGCAAGGAACAAGCACGCGGAGAGAGAAAGAAGACACAGUGAAGGGAGACCUCUUCAGUGUGCAGUCUCCAAGGCCUCUUCGUGCUUCCCUCGUGAGCUCCUCUUCCACCUCAUCAUUCAGGCGAGCUCUGAGCAGCACCAGGGCAACCUUCUCCAUCUCACCAGUGCAAGCCCAUUCUCAUGAUGACCAGAGAUUAAACACUCCAGCCAGCCAGCACCCAGACAAUAACCCUAAUUUGGACCCUGACAGCAUUACUGCCUGGCAAGAACCUCAGGAAGAUGAACCUCUGGACAUGCUGGAGAUGAUGAACUCCCUGCGCUCAGUGCGAAAUAGUGCUGCCAAGAAGAGGGCCAAAGUGAGCCUCAGCAGUCCAGAUCCUGACAGCCCUGACUCAGCUGUGCGGGUAGACCUGGGUCUGGACUCACCAUUACAAACGUCUCCAGUGCUUACCAGCUCAGCCAGUGAGAGUGGACUCUCAAGUCUGAGCUCAGCUGCCAACUCCAGCUUCAAUGGCAUCAAAACAAGUCCUAGAAGCUCUGCCUCUUCUGUAAUGAAACCUUGCAUUGCAAGAGUGCCUUCUGCAAAACUGCAGUCCUCUGUGUCAAUGGAUUUCAGUAGCCUUCAAGUAAUGUCCCGGAGAAACGACCUGUCAUCUGAGGUGGGUGUUGUUGGGCAAAGGGUUAAUUAUUGCAACGGAACAAUGAAAACUGAGGAAGAGAAAAUGGCACCAUCUCCUCCGCUGGUCAAACCAGCUGUCCGCGAACCGAUCAGAGCUUUGAAGCUUGCCAAAGGGUCCCAGGGCAUCGGCAGUUGUAGGUAUUCACCUGGUCCAGACAUACCUGAAGGAGGGAUAGGAAGAGACAUGUGUGGGAUUACAGUGUCCUCCAACCAUCCAGGAGUUGCUUUGUCACUUGAGCAGGGUGAUCUGACUGCCAAACCUCCCACUGAUCCCUCAGCAGGCAUCUACAGCAGUCAACUAGAUGAUGAUGACAGCUCACAUGCUGAUGAGGCCAAAGAAAAGGUUAGAAAUGUCAGGAGGGGUCGGAAUAAAACGAGACUGAACAAUCUGGAUCAAUUUGAGGACCUGUCGGAUAGAGGGGACGAAACAAGAGACAAGAUUCGCCAUCGUGUCAGACAGAUGUUGUCCGAUUCACCUAUAGAAGGAAAUAAAGAAUCAGUUAUCAAAGAUUUACGUUUGAACGGCAGCACGCUGACAUCCACCAGGUCAGAUCUUCCCUCUGAUGAAUCCACCAUCACUGCCACCAGUCCACCAGAACCCCAAAGUCCAGUAAAGUGCUUGACCACACCCCAUCAUCCAAGCCCCCCAACGUUGCCUCCAAACCCAAAAAAUGUGUCCCGCCUUAGAAGAGCACCUAGCCUCAGCAGAACCCGACCUUCGGUGUCCCACAGUUCAGAUGAGCUUUGCCAUGCCACUUUGAGACACAAGAAAAAUUUGUCUGCACCUUCGGAGCUCUGUCCCUUUUCAAAGCCCGACCUGGUGCUGACACAGAGUUUCAACCUCCUGAAUUCAGAGGACUGGGAGAAGAAAAUUGAGGGUCUGAUGUUCCUGCGCUCUCUUGCUUACAACCAUACAGACACGCUUCAAGGCAGGCUUCAUGAAGUUUGUCUGUGUCUCAUCCAAGAGGUGAAGAACCUGCGCUCAGGCGUGUCCAGGGUGGCAGUGUGUACACUGGGCGACCUGUACACACACCUGCAGAGACUAAUGGACCAAGAGCUUGAGGGAACAGUUAAAGCGUUGCUGCAGAAGGCUGGGGAGAGUAACACUUUCAUCAGGCAGGAUGUUGAUGCAGCGCUGGACUGCAUGGUGCAGCACUGCACCCCGACUCGCAGCAUAGGUGCUUUACUCACUGGAGGAAUCAGUCACCUUAACCCAGUGGUGAGGAAAUGCAGCGCUCAGCAUCUGGCUAAUCUGUUAGAGAAGGUUGGUGCUGCCCGUCUCCUGUCUGGAGGUAAAGAUCUCACUGAAAGAAUUUUACCUGCCAUCACCAAGCUUGCACAAGACUCCUCCCAGGAGGCCAGGUACUUUGGUCGUCGAAUGCUGCUAUCUCUGUCAUCCCACCCUGACUUUGACAAGAACCUGGAAAAAUAUAUUUCCACCAAAGACCUGCAAGCUGUCAGAGACACUAUCUUGACUCUCAGGACAAAGGGUAUUGGUGAGAUGCCCCAGGAUUCUCAGUCAGCCAGAGGAAGACGCUCUCUCCCAGGCAGCGGCACAGUCAGGGUUUCGUCUCUCACUGGAGAGCAGCACAACCAGACCAACAGGGAGUCUAAUAGCAACUACAGCUGUAAAUAUCAGACACAGAGUAUUGCAGACAAAACUGAAUACAUAAAGCAGAUCUCAGGUCUGCUGGGUUCAAAGGACUUCAGAGAGCGGAUCAAAGGCAUUGAUCAGCUAGUAGCUGACUGUGAACACAACCCCAAAAUGGUCGUCAAUAGCAUGUUUCCGGUGUUUGAUGCAUUUAAAGCCAGACUGCAGGAGUCCAACAGCAAGGUUAAUCUUUACGCCUUGGAGUCUCUACCGAAAAUCAUCCAAUUGCUGAAGGACAGCUUGUCUCAAGUGGUUAACAUCCUGGUGCCAGCAAUUGUGGACAAUCACCUCAACUCCAAGAACAAUGCCAUCUAUUAUGCUGCUAUUGGCGCAACGAAUGCACUUGUCUUGAAUCUUGAUAAUGUUCUUCUUCUUCAGCCUCUCUGCACCAAGGCCCAGUUUUUAAGUGGCAAAGCUAAGGUGGACCUUAUCGAAAAGGUUGCAGGCCUCGUUACAGAGCUUUACCCUCGCAAGCCCCAGAUGGUAGAGCAGAAAGUGUUGCCCCUACUGUGGCACCUUCUGGGUACCUCCACCCACAGCGGCAGCAUUCACGGCAGGGGCGGCAGCGUUAGGAGUGCUACGGCCCAGCUGUGCCGAGCCCUUCACACCCAGAUGGGGUCAAGCCUGAUCGAGUAUGCUGCCACCCAGCCUGCUAAUGUCCAGAAAGGUUUAAACGAGCUCCUUAAGACCUUAAAAUAAAGGAAAAGCAAGAUCCGAACAGGUCCAAACGUUGACAGAGAACAUCAAGACUGAUCUUACUUGAAAAAAGAAAUGUUCUGCAUUUCUUUUAGUGCCUGCACUUUUAUAUCAAUAUAAAAAAGUCCUUAACAUCUUAGGUUGUUCCAGUUAUUUUGUCAGUGACAUUUACUCUGGUACAGAAAUGUUAACACGCUGACAUCAGGUCCUGCUCGUACUCAACCUGCUCUCUCUGCACUUUGAAAAGUAGCUGAUCAUUGAAGCUUUCCUCCAUUACGUACUGUUAACCAAUCAGAGACACUAUCACAGAAUGUAAAACCGAAAUGCGCAAAAACAAGGUUAGGAAGACAGGGACCCCAAAGGUGUAUAUUUUCAAUGUUUUAUCAAAGGUGAUGUGAUAUGUUUUGAAAUGCCAUGCAGAUGAUUUAAAGAUUUGUGACACAAAAUUAACUAAAAAAGAGGAACGAAAUAGUUUUGUACAGCUCAGUUGUGUAUUUGCACAGUGUUAGCUUAAUGUUUAAGUAUGGUGUAAAGUGAUGGUUAUAAUUUAUCUAAUGUAUAACAGUCUGAAAGUCAUAUUAAUAAUGUGUUGAGUUUGUACUCUAUUUUCUUUGUUUGCAUGACCAAAACAUCUAAACAAAUUUGAACCUGUUUAAUCUGUAGGAGAGGGUGUGUAAACACAGAAACCCAAAACAAGGUUGUGAUUGCCUGAGAAACGCUAAGAAGUCAGCUCCGUUUCCGUAUCGUGCCAGUCUUCAAGUAGCCUUUUAACUCGAAUGUUAAUUUAUAUUUAACUGAUUUGUGAACUAAAGGAAAGAGAUAUAUGAAUAAAUGGUUUUAUUUCCCUAA